UUCGGUUCCUUAUCCGGGGACUGGGUUGCUCCGUGUGAUUGGCCGGCGGAGUCACAUGGUGAAAGUAACUUUACAGGGUCGCUAGCUAGUAGGAGGGCUUUAUGGAGCAGAAAAACGACAAAGCGAGAAAAAUUAUUUUCCACUCCAGAAAUUAAUGAUCAUGAGCUCGUAUUUGAUGGACUCUAACUACAUCGAUCCGAAAUUUCCUCCAUGCGAAGAAUAUUCGCAAAAUAGCUACAUCCCUGAACACAGUCCGGAAUAUUACGGCCGGACCAGGGAAUCGGGAUUCCAGCAUCACCACCAGGAGCUGUACCCACCACCGCCUCCGCGCCCUAGCUACCCCGAGCGCCAGUAUAGCUGCACCAGCCUCCAGGGGCCGGGCAAUUCGAGAGGCCACGGGCCUGCCCAGGCGGGCCACCACCACCCAGAGAAAUCACAGCCGCUCUGCGAGCCGGCGCCUCUCUCAGGCGCCUCCGCCUCCCCGUCCCCAGCCCCGCCAGCCUGCAGCCAGCCAGCCCCUGACCAUCCCUCCAGCAACGCCAGCAAGCAACCCAUAGUCUACCCAUGGAUGAAAAAAAUCCACGUUAGCACGGUGAACCCCAAUUAUAACGGAGGGGAACCCAAGCGCUCGAGGACAGCCUACACCCGGCAGCAAGUCCUGGAAUUAGAGAAAGAGUUUCAUUACAAUCGCUACCUGACCCGAAGGAGAAGGAUCGAGAUCGCCCACUCGCUGUGCCUCUCUGAGAGGCAGAUCAAAAUCUGGUUCCAAAACCGUCGCAUGAAAUGGAAGAAGGACCACCGACUCCCCAACACCAAAGUCAGGUCAGCGCCCCCGGCCGGCGCUGCGCCCAGCACCCUCUCGGCAGCCACCCCGGGCACUUCUGAAGACCACUCCCAGGGCGCCACGACGCAGGAGCCGCAGCGGGCAGAGGACAUUACCAGGUUAUAAAACAUAACUCACACCCUGCCCCCACCCCAUGCCCCCCUCCUCCCCUCACAUACAAAUUGACUCUUAUUUAUAGAAUUUAAUAUAUAUAUAUUUUGGUUCUUUUCUCUCUUCUUCCCACCUUAUCCCUUGUCAGUUCCAAACAGACAGAACAGAUAAACAAACAAGCCCCCUGCCCUUCUCUCCCUUCUACUGUUAAGGACCCUUAAAGCAUGUGAUGUUGUCUUAGCAUGGUACCUGCUGGGUUGUUUUUUGUUUUUGUUUUUUUUUUUAAGGCCAUUUUGGGGGGUUAUUUAUUUUUUAAGAAAAAAAAACUGCAAAAAUUAUAUAUUGCAAGGUGUGCUGGUCUGGUUUGGGUGAAUUUCAGGGGAAAUGAGGAAAAGAAAAAAUGAAAGAGAUUUUUAAAGCUAAUUCUCAUCCUUCUCCUCCUCCUCCCUCUCUCCCCCCUCUUUCCUUAGGCCUUUUGCAUUGAAAAUGCACCAGGGGAGGUUAGUGAGAGGGAAGUCAUUUUAAGGAGAACAAAGCUAUGAAGUUCUUUUGUAUUAUUGUUGUGGGGGGAGGCUGGGAGGAGAUGGGGGAAGACAGCAGACAAAGCUAAAUGCAUCUGGAGAGCCUCUCAGAGCUGUUCAGUUUGAGGAGCCAAAAGAAAAUAAAAAUGAACUUUCAGUUCAGAGAGGCAGUCUAUAGGUAGAAUCUCCCCACCUCACCCCCCCCUCCAUCAUGGUUAUUGUGUUUUUGGACUGAAUUUACUUGAUUAUUGUAAAACUUGCAAUAAAGAAUUUUAGUGUCGAUGUGAAAUGCCCCGUGAUCAAUAAUAAA